AUGUCUUCCACCCUCCCGUUCCUCGACCAAUUCAACGCCCCUUCAACCGAAGGCGGGAAGAGAAUCUCAAUCUACACCCCUAAGCACACCCACGUCAGCGACAGCGCUUUGCUGAUGCUACUCCUCAGUAACCCCACCGACGUCUUCAAUAAACUCAAAACCCACAACCCUGAGGCAACCAAUGCCACCGAUCGCACUGCACUAGAAGUGUACCUCUCCGCUCACCAUGAAUACGACGAGGCUGUCAAGGCAGCCGACGAGGCCAUCGACCAUCACAAGCGACUCCUACGUCAACAGGACGACCGUGUCCUCACCGAGCUCAUCCGACUCGACAAUCUGAAAGUUGCCCAUCGCUUUCAACCGCUCCUACCGCGCAGCAUCCGGGCGCAACACAACAAAUUCAUCCCGCGUGUCAUCCCCAACGCGUACUUACCCCUACCCGCACCCCUACCGACAUCUGCCUUCAGGCGCCCCCCGAUCCCAUCCCCUUUCCUCCAAGCAACGCCGCGGAGCACUACCAUCCCGGCUGACUGGCAACCCAACCCUGGUUGGACCCCGAAGGGAAGCUGCAGGCGAUGCGGAUCAUCUCGACACUGGGUACGGGACUGUCCGGACGUACGAUGCGCAGGAUGCGGAAAAGAAGCCCCUGGACACCUGGAGCGAGAGUGCGGAACCAGGCCAAUGAAGCGACAUGUAUCCGCACCACCUGAAGAACCUGCGCGACGCGUGGGGGUGGUCGUCGACAACGUGUUCCUCAAGGAAAUCAUCAACGAGGCGAAGGAGAGGAAGGAGAAAGAGAGGCAGACGAAAGCGGUACCUAUUCCUCCACCACGCAGCGCUAACCCCGAACCCCCAACCAGUCCCAUCGCAGGACCCUCGCGCCCCCGCCCCGAUACACCCGUCGUCUUUCGCAAAGUCGACCCCGACUGGACACCCGACACCACUCAAUGGACGUGGGACAGCUUCUGGCCGCAUCAGAAGCACCUCUCUGGCGAGGAAUGGAUGAAUGUAGGGAGGGACACGCGCAAGGAGUGGUUCGAUGAAGAGGAGGAUGACGGCGUAGAUUGGGAGUUGUAUGGGGAUGGUGAGCACGCUCACCCGCAGGUUGAACAUUAUGUAGCUUACAUAAUGGGGUCCGUGCGCACUUCGUACUCGGCAUCGUACCACUAUGUUUCUUUCUUCACUAACACGACCACAUAG